AUGACGGUAGUCGGCAACGUCCUCUCGGCAGACUCGCUGGCCAGCGUCAUGGCAUCCACCCUGCCCCAAGACAGCUCUCCUCACAUCAACACACCCUUCGACGCCAUCGCCCUGGCAAGUCAUGCUUCGAUGCUUGCUUGUGGCUUCCGUCUGGUGGGCCUCGGCGAUGAUGACCGCAUCACCGUCGACAACCCUCCGCGUCUGCCUGCAACCUGGUCAGCAAAUGCUCCCAACUACGCCUUUCGCUACGCCCACACUCAGUCGUCCAUGGAGUACCUGUUAAAAAUCAAUCGCAUGGGAAACAAAGCCGUCGUUCUGGCCAUGGCCCUCGGUGAUGACAAGACAGCCACGCUCGAUGUCAAGGCCGCCGACUACACUUCUGCAGGCUCCAUGCCAUUCACUCUGUCAGAGCCAAACACUAGAAACCUCUUCAACCUCUUCAUAUCAAAUGGUCGCCUCUCUGACUACGGCUCUCUGAUGCGCCUCAACAUUAUACAGAAGCUCGUGCCUUCGCUACAGAAGGAAGGCUACCAAGAGUCUGCUGCUACAUCUGCCCCACAGCCUGCCAGAGAGCCCUCCACAACUCGUGACGAUCCUCUACGUGACAAUCGCCAACCACCCGCUCGUCCUCACCCCUUCCAUGGUCCUCUCGCUCAGCAUGCGCCUCACUUUCCUCACGGAGAACUGGCUCCUCCAGGCUUCGAAGACCCUUACGACUUGAACAGGCCGCUUCGUCCCAUGGGUGGACCACCCCAUCCAGGCUUUGGCAACAUUGGUGAAAGAGAUCUCUAUCCUCAGGGUCUCGGUCCCAGGGAUCCUUUUGGCAAUCCUGGGUUUGGUGGCGGCGGCAUGCACCCAACUCUUCCGGGCUUUGACGAUCCGAGAGGUCGUGGCUACAAUCCCCAGGCACCACCAGGCAGUCGAUUUGAUCCAGUCGGUCCUCGAGGUCCAUCGGGCUUUGGUGGUCCACCAAACCCGUUCAACAACUUCGGCAGCGGAGACUUUAUGUGA